CUUUCGGGAGGAGCUUGCGAGCUUGUAUCGUGCUGAUAUUGAGCAGAUUGCAGCUGAGAUGCAGGGGCUAACUGAGAAAGUCACGGAGAUUGAGAACAAGAUAUCAUCCGCCUCCGCCUCCAUCGAUCACGAGGAAAUAAUGGAGGAAAUUUCCGAGAGGGAGAGAAGAUCCUCAAACUUAAUUUUUUAUAACAUUGAGGAGUCAAAUUCUCCCUCUUCCUCGACUGAUGACGGUUCGAAUGAUUUGGCCACGGCCGAGGAAAUAAUACGCAAGAUACGGCCCUUAAAUCCUCCUCGUAUCAAGAUCCGGAGACUCGGCACUUUUAGACAGGGUCAUGCAAGACCCUUGCGAGUCUCAUUGCCGUCCAAAUCCGACGCCAUCGACAUUCUCAAGAAAAAGAAGAGCUACUCCGGACCAGUUGGUAUCAAGCAGGAUUUAACCAGGAAGCAGCGUGAUCAUUUCGUUUGUGUUAAGAAGCGGUUUGAAUCGCUUAGAGACACUGGCGUCACCGACAAGACUAUUAGGUUUUUUAACGGCAUACCGAAAAUUGUCAAUAUGCCUCAGAGUUCGCGUGCAAAAAACAUGAACACUGCCCUUUAG